UUCGUCGGCGGCGUGCUGGGCGAGCAGCUGGAGGAAGGCGCGCUGGCGCAGCUCCAGCUCGUCUGCCUCAACUGCCACGACUUGCUGGUCACCAUUGACGACCUGGAGCAGCGCGUGGCUGCCAUGAAGAACAGCGUGCGCAGCCAGUUCCGCGCGUGGUGGUGUUCGAGCGCAGAGGACGCGGCGGUGCCGGCCGAGCGGCGCCGGCGCAGCACGCGCCGCGCCGCCGCCCGCCGCCCGCUGCCGACCGAGGCGGCCGACCCGACGCAGCCGGCCGCCGACCCGGCCGACGACGAGUACCGGCCCAACCGACGCCGGAAGACCAGGAGCGCGGCAUCCACCAAGUCGCCGGGGCUGCGGCGCGCCAAGUCCGCCGCCGUCAGCGACAAGAAGAUUGAGAAGUCGAAGAACCUGGUGUGCUCGCAGUGUCCGUUCUACACGUUUGACCGGGAGGCACUGCGGGCGCACAUCGCCGCCGUGCACGACGGCGAGAAGGCUCACCAGUGCGAGGUCUGCCAGAAGCGCUUCACCUACGAGGACUCGCUCAAGCGACACAUGAACCAGCACCACCACUUCAUCAAGAAGUUCCGCUGCGAGCCGUGUGGCGAGCAGUUCGUCAAGCGGGCCGACCUGAUGCUGCACCGUCAGCUGUACCUGCACGGCGCGCGCGGCUCGCCGCCGCCGCCGCCGGCCGCCACCGACCCGGCCACCGUCGACGUCGGCGACUUCGCCAUCCAGUUCUGCUGCCCGGACUGCUCGCAGUCGCACACGCUGCGCGACAACGAGAAAGACCGCGUGGUGACGUGCCCGUGCGGCCGCCGGUUCGACCUGGCCGGCGCGCUGCGCCUCUUCCCCGGCCGGUACCGGCGCUCGUGCCUGGCCUGUCGCCAGGACUGCGCCGACCACGACGCCAUGGAGCGCCACCUCACCGAGUCGCACGGCUCCGGUGAGGUGGCCUGCCUGCUCUGCGGCUGCCGCUACCUCCGGCUCGACCACUUCAAGCUGCACGCGCUGUUCCACUCGACGCUGCGCGAGCUGGCGUGCGAGCUGUGCGAGUUCCGCACGUUCAACCCGGCGCAGCUGGCGGCGCACGAGCACACGUCGGCGGCGGAGGCGGCGGCGCGCGACCCCAGCGGCGAGGAGGCGAUCGUGGCGGCGGUGCGCAGUCACCGGCUGGGCCGCCGCGGCCGGCCGCGCAAGGACGCGCCCCCCGAGACGCCCGACACGGGCUGUCCCAUCUGCGGCAAGGAGCUCACGUCGCUCACCAACCUCAAGAACCACAUGGUGCUGCACUCGGACGUGCAUGCGCACAAGUGCUCCGUCUGCGGACGCCGGUUCAAGCUGCGCAAAUACCUCAACACUCACCUGGCCCUGCACACGGGCGUGCGCCAGUUCAAGUGCACGCUGUGUGACAAGGAGUUCAACCAGAAGUGCGAGCUGAAUCGGCACAUGCGCUACCACAACGGGGAUAUGAAGCACGUGUGCGAGUACUGCGGGAAGCGCUUCAGGGAGGCGAACGGUCUCAAGUUCCACCGGCAGAUCCACACCGGCGAGCGGCCGUUCGCCUGCGGCCAGUGCGGCAUCGCGCUGCGCAGCGCGGCCAAGCUGCGCAUCCACCAGCGCAAGCACACCGGCGAGAAGCCCUUCAAGUGCGAGUACUGCGGCAAGGACUUCGCCUACAAGUACAACUUCGACUGCCACCUACGCCUGCACACCGGCGAGCGUCGCUUCAGGUGCUCGGUCUGCCAGACCGGCUUCGAGCGGCGCGACAAACUGCAGACGCACGAGCAGCAGUGCGCCAAACGGAUGGAGGUGGCUGGCCCGCCGCCACCGCCGCCGGUUCAGGCACCACCACCCCCGCCGCCGCCUCCACCCCCACCGCCGCCGCCGCCGCCGCCCGAGCCGCAGCAGUACGCCUGGGUGAUGGACGAGCUGGAGUCGCAGUGAGCCGGCCGCCGCGAGAGGCGGGCCGCCACGCAGCGUCUGCGGCAGAGGCGAGCACCACGGGCGACGCCACGCACAUCACCCGUCCGGCGCCGGGGGCCGAGACGACCCGGCCGGCGGCGUGUGAGGCCAUGCGCGUGUACCGCGAGGACGGGACGAGCAGCGUCGGGAGAGAGCGGCUCGGGACGAGGCCGUGUCUGGAGUCGGAGCGCGGCCGAGGGGACCGCUGU